AUGGCAAUUCUGACGGUGUUCGCCGCCGGCACCGCUGCCAUCCUCACGCCAGCACCGCUCGUCUCCCGCCGCGGCGUCUCCAUCGCUGCCGCCUCCGCCUCGCUGCUGCCCUCGCCGCUACCUCUCCACACGGCACUCGCCGCCCCGCCACGCACAUCCCUGACGGAUAGAAGCGGGAACUACGUGGUCGACAUACAGAAAGCGGCAGCUGGCCUCGAGGAUCCUCUCGCCGAGCCGGAGGGCGCCUUCAGCACGAUAUCUGCGGCGCUCGCUGUCGCGCCUGCUGGAUCGACGGUCCUUGUGCGGGCGGGCACGUACACUGAGCGGGUGUUCGUGACCCGUCCGGGCAUCCAGCUGCUCGCCGAGCCAGGCGCCGUCGUGGCGUGGCGGUCGGACAAACCGUACGAGGCGGCCCUGACCGUCGACUUGAGCGAGGCGGCCUCGGGCGGAAGCGUCACCAUCUCUGGGCUGACUGUGCGGCACUCCUCCCCCUCGAUCGCCCAGAAUUACGCCGUGUACGUGCCUCCGCCGUCGCGCGCCGCCUCCGCGACCAAGGUGGAGCUGCGCGACCUCGACGCCUCGUGUUCCUCGGCCCGACGGCGCGGGGCGCGGUGCGAGCUCGCAAAGAACAAGCUGAACGGCGUGCUGCUGCGGGACGGCGCCUCGCCCGCCAUCGAGGGCUCCCGCCUCGUCAACAACGGCGCGUACGGGGCCUCGCUCAUCGACUGCCGCGGGAGCCUGGCGGCGGGCAACGAGAUCCGCGGCAAUGGCAAGGGGGGUGUCAGCGGGGAGUGCGAUGACGGGGAUGACGCAGCGGUGUAG